GAAACCUUCAGUUUGAUGCACUGUCCCACAAGAAAAACAUGCCCCCCGAUCGUGGCCGCGCAUCUCGGGCUUGCACUUCCUGCCGCAAGCAAAAGACCCGAUGCUAUGAAGCAGGGACACGAGAUGGUGCCUGUCUGCGAUGUGAGCGGCUCCAACGGAAAUGCUCCUUUGUUCCAUCGCCGGUCCCGGAGACCACCCAAGCUCUUUCAGACCCAGGGACUGCUAUUCGUCUAGAACGGCUCGAAAGAACGGUGGCUGCAUUGCUUGACCGACUGGGCGAGGAUCCUAUUCAACCAACCCACCCACCGCAUGAGACACCAAUACCGAGUCACGAUAGCAAUGGCGCCAAGGACACCUCGGACGCACCUGUCAUUGUGCUUCGAGAUCUAGCAGACAGCACGUCAGUCCCUGACACGAGGUCGACGCCUGCAGCCCUCGAGGAUCUAGUUGACCCCGACCUUGCCUUGACCCUGAUCACCAUAUUCCACACUCACUACGGCAAAUGGGUCCUUUUCGAUCCUACCUCCCACCCCCAAACCAUCCUAUGUCACGUCCAGAAAUCUCCCCUCCUCCUCUCAGCAUGCUACCUAAUCGCCGUCCGCCAUACUUCCACAGCCCUGGCAACCAGACUAGCCCCGAAGCUCUACGAAUACAGCCGUUCCCACAUCUCCACAGCCCUACUCACAGCUCCCCAACCCCUUGAAUUCUUUCAAGCCGCGCUAAUACUAUGCCUGUGGUCCACCACCGUUGGCCAAAUUCCCCUCUCCAUCGAUGGCUGGCUGCUCAGCGGCUUUGCGCUGCAACACUGCGAAGCCAGUCCAUUAUUCGGCCCAUCGCCCUCCCUCGGUCGGCGGUUCUUCGGGAAUCAUCUCUGUCUCGCCCAUUUGCAUUACUGCGUCGGCACAAGUCGGAAACCUAUGCUGCAGAGCGCACAAAUUACUCGAUGCAAGUCGACCGUCACAGCAGAUCAAAUCACCAACUACGAAACCCGCAUGGUGGCCGAGAUAGACCUCUACUGGACGGUUUCAAACCAGCUCUUGAAUAACAGGGAGACGAUAAACAUUCUCGAAUCGAUAACGGAGCUUCAAGCCUGGAAACAAGAAUGGAGAGAAGUUCUUGAACAACCCCGAUCCCAAUUCCUCCUCAUGGGCUUCCACUUCUCCACCCUCCUCCUCUACAACCAAUCCCAGCCCACUACCCCCCAUACCUCCUCAACCCCCUCCAUCCGCGAAAUGACCCACCACGCCAUCACCAUCAUCCAAACCGCCAUCGACACCGAAGACGCCCGUACCCGCCACCUCACCGACCACAUCUACCACAUGAUUACCUUUGCGGGGAUUGUCAUCUGUCGAUUUCUUCAUAAACACCACGGCGAAGUAUCGCGCCACUAUCAAAUCGAAGACCUAGAUGCUUUGAUUAUCAAGCUCGUGAAAUGGCUCCGCUCGAUCGGGCUGUCCUGUCAUAUUGCGCAUAAAUUGGGGGCUAUUGUGGAGAAGGUGUAUCGGGGGGUAAGGGCGGCGGAUGACAAUGCAGAGCCUUCGUCGGCGAAUGAAGGGAUGGAUAGGAUCGAGGAUGACGAAUUAGGGUUAGAUUUGAAUCUGGAGAUGGGGAAUUGGUACGUUCCGGACUUUUUGGCCGGGGUUGGUAUGGGAGAGGGUGGAUGGGACGGGGGUGCUUCUUCAAAUUGGGAGGGGUACUGAUUGGUAUUUCUUUAAUGUGGAGAAAGAGAGUGUGGAUAUAUCAUAGACCAUCUGUACUACAUUGGGAGAGUCUACGUUCAAGCCAAG